CCCUGGGAACAGAACAGCGCAGGAUAACAGAAAGGAGGAGGCCGACGAGAAGGAGCAGGAAGUGUCCUUGUCCUCGCUGCACCUGCGCCCUCUGAGUUGUUUCCUCAUCGUCACCGCCGAACUGACAUCUGGACGGACGCUGUUACCGAGAGCACACCGACAUGACGGACGUCCCGGAGGACGGUUCCGUGUAAACAUGACGGACACCGACGGACAAAAAGAGCAGUGAGGCACCGAGGAGAGGAAAUGAAGGAACCGAGCGGUAAAAGAGCACCGGGGAGCCCCGCAGAGAACAGCGCCCCCACAGGCCCUCAGAAUUCAAACCAUUUGAACGGCCAUAUUGUUGCUCACAAUGGUUGCAGUCCAACAGCUACUCCAUCGCCACAGGUUGAAUCCCAACACUCCAGUCCUGUACCCACUCCAAACCCAGUUUGUGUGAGGGAGCAGUGGGGUGGCAAACACGAGUUCUUGCUUUCCUGCAUUGGAUACUGCGUAGGACUUGGAAACGUGUGGCGGUUUCCUUACCUCUGUUAUCGUAAUGGAGGAGGUGUGUUUCUCAUCCCGUACUUUAUUAUGCUCUUUUGUACGGGGGUCCCACUUUUCCUUAUGGAGCUGAGUUUAGGUCAGUAUGGAGCAGCUGGUCCCAUCACUGUGUGGAAAUGCUGCCCUCUGCUCAAAGGCAUUGGCAUUGGGAUGAUCUGUGUUUCCACGCUGGUGUGUCUCUACUAUAACGUCAUUAUAGCGUGGACAUUUUACUACCUGGGCAGUUCCUUCCAGAACCCCCUGCCCUGGUCCUGUGAUGCCAUAACUAACGCUGCUCUCUGCAAUAACACCACCACAAACGGCUCAUCUAAACCCCUCAGCCCCACUGAGGUUUUUUGGAAUGAGCGUGUGCUGGGUGUGGUACACAGCGAGGGCCUCCAUGACCCCGGCCCUGUCCGCUGGCCUCUGGCUGUCUGCCUGCUGGCUGCCUGGGUCAUUAUAUUCCUCUGCAUUCUUAAAGGUAUCCGCAGCUCUGGCAAGGUGGUUUACGUAACAGCGACUUUCCCGUACUUUGUCCUCCUCGUUCUGAUCAUCAGAGGAGCUACACUGGAAGGCUCUCUUCAGGGCGUUGCCUUCUACCUCACACCAGACUGGGGAAGAUUAUCUAAUGCACAGGUGUGGAAUGAUGCAGCUUCACAGAUCUUCUACUCACUGGGUAUUGGCGUUGGAGGGUUACUCUCUAUGGCAUCUUAUAAUAAGUUUGACAACAAUGUCAUCAGGGACACCCUGAUUAUCACCACAGGAAACUGUAGCACCAGCUUCUUUGCAGGCUUUGCUAUAUUCUCUAUCCUUGGUCACAUGGCUUGGACAAAAGGUGUACCUGUCGGGGAGGUAGCAGACACAGAGAGGAGGCGCUGCCUACUUUCUGUGUGGGCGUAUCACACAGAGCGCCAUCUCAAUUUGUGUCCGACACACCAAGCCGGAAUCCAGAUAUGGACUUUUCUUACAUGUCCGGGGUUGGCCUUUGUUGCUUACCCAGAGGCCCUUGCUUUGUUACCAGGUUCAGUGUUCUGGUCCAUCCUCUUCUUCAUCAUGCUCUUCAUGUUGGGCAUAGAUACACUGUUUGGCAACAUGGAGGCCAUCACUACCGCCGUACUGGAUGAGUUUCCACAUCUGAGAAGGAACACAAUGCAUAAGUCGUUGUUCUUGGGUGUUCUGUGCUUUGCAUUCUACCUGAUGGGCCUUCUCUUAAUCACUGAUGGGGGUAUUUACUGGUUCACACUCAUUGACUCCUUCAGCACUAGUUUUGGCCUCAUCAUCAUCACCCUCUUCAUGUGCAUGGGCAUCUCCUUCUUCUAUGGAAUCAACCAGUUUUGCCAAGACAUCUUAGAUAUGAUCAGCCACUGUCCUCGCUGGUGUGGCAAAGUGCUGGUUUACUUCAGAGCGUGCUGGGUUUUCGUCACUCCGUUUCUUCUACUCUUCAUCCUGACGUACAUCUUCAUUGAGAUGUACAACACGCCGCUCCGCUAUGGGUCUUAUGUGUAUCCACUGUGGGGCAAAGCUCUGGGUGUGUGCAUGGGCGCCACCUGCUGCCUACAAAUCCUCAUCUGGGCCAUUGUGGCCGUCAGCAGAGAAACUGGAAGCCUGAAAGAGCGUUUCCAAAAAUCCAUUCGACCACUGAAUUCCUGGAGGGUAAACAACAUGAGCAGCACUGGGAGCGGCCCGCAGCCUGUGGUGGCUGAGAGAGUGGAGGUUCCGUUCACAGUCACACUCACAGACAUGGACUUUACUGGAAUGGCGUGGGAGAAUGGAAGUGAGGCAUGACAGCGGGAGAGCAUCGAACAUGAGCAAACUAUGUCAUGAAGAAACAAAGGAAUUUAUUACAUGAUUUGUCCCCAGCUUGGUUCUGGUGGCUACGAACAUUAUGUCCUACAGGGCAAUGUGGAUUAUUGACUUUAUUAAUACUAGGAUUGAUGUGUAAAUUGUAUUUUUUUAAACAUUGUUUUAUGAAUAUGAGUUUGCAGAGGUGAAGUCUGGAUCAUCUUCAUCUUUUAUGGUAUAUUAGAACUCUACCCACACAUAAUGCAGAAUUUUGGCUGAUUAUUUAUUUCCUGUGAACAACAGCACAUGCAAUUAUUAAUGUAGUCAGUCAGUGGGUCCGCAAAAUUUCCUUGAGUAACUCUGUAAAACCUACUACAUAAUCAGCUCUGAAAUUUUGGGUUGAGGUAGAUACAGGUGAUGAUUGGCGAGCCUCCUAUUUUGAGCCAUGUUAACAUCUUUUCUAAUAAUAAUUUGUUGUUAUUUACGGAAGUGUAUUGCAUUCACUGGACCGCUGAGCUUGUAAUUAUGAGAUCAGGCUAUUUUUUAUUUAGUUAUUAUUAUUAUUUUUGGGGCGUGUGUGUGUGUGUGUGUGUGUGUGUGUGUGUGUGUGUGUGUGUGUGUGUGUGUGUGUGUGUGUAAUCCCUUCCAUACUUCCAGUAGACGAACGUGAGAAUUCCCGAGUCAUAAUCAAAAAUCGGCCAAUUUGUAACCAUCAAGACUGUACUGUGAUCACACACUACUUCUAUGUGCACACAGUGUUUUUUUUUCCCCCCCAAAGAUGUUCCUGGAUAAACGAAAUUCCUCCAGGGAGGCAGGGUAUGGGGCACCCAGACUGGCAUGUGCCCGGCUGGGAGCGAGCCCCACUUUGUCCCUCCGUGGUCGUUGGGGCUGUGUGAGUGAAAGCUGGAAUUCUGGAGGGGAGCGAGACACGUGCAUCUCAUUUUGGUGAGACGCCCUGUGCCCCUUCUUGAACAUUCAUCCAGAAGCACUUUAGGGGAAAAUUGUGUUUGAUUACAGUGUGUUAUCAUUGCUAACCUCAGCCCACUACUUUACUGAGGGACUGGAAGUAUGGAAGUAUAUAAAACAGUUUAGACACCAGAUCUCUUCUCAUAAUUACGAGAUCUUGUAAUUACGAGAUCGUUUCUCAUAAUUAUGAGAUCAGUGGUCUAAUUUUUUUUUUUUUUUUUUAUAAUCCAGUGAAUGCAAUACACUUCCAUAGUUAUUCUUUUAUAUAUUAUUUUAAAUAGGAAUGUGGGCAUGGUGGGUCUUGCCUGGGCUUGGUCAGGCAGGCUCAUGUAAAAUAUAGGCCUUUUGUUUGCAUGUAAUUUAUGAAGCCUUGUUGCUAAUCACAUGGUCCUGGUGGCCAUUAAGGCCACUGCUGCUUGUUGUCAUAUGUAUGAGAGCGUUUACAGUAAAUUAGAGAUCUGACACUGUUCAUUAUGUGUGAAGAUGAGGGAUGAUAAAAUUCCAUUAACUUUAUUUUGACUGGGUACCUGGAAAUGUGACCAUCCUGUUGCAAAAAAUAUUUCUUCACAUCGUUUUACUUUGGAAAAUGGAUGAUUGCCUCAAAUGUUAAAAGAAUAAAAUAAAUAACAGCUGGUCAAAUUCA